CAACGACGAAACGGCAUCGUCAAAAGGGCAAUGUACCUUUUUGUGUUUUUUUUGCAAGGAAAAGAGCAAAUGACUUAACCCGUGAUCGUACGAAGGAGAAAUAGUUAAUUAUUUGUUUAGUCCAAAAUAACCAAAUUCAAAAUGCAACAGAAUUCCCUCCCCUUUUUUUCCACUUCAUAAACUAACCGAAAAACUAGGGUUUCGCUUUCAUUACCGAAUUUCCAACCGUCACUCCUGAGUCCCGAAAUUUUUUUCCAUUUUGGCGCACAAUUUACAUAAUCUGACGCUCCGUUUCUCGGUUUAUUUCUCUGCAAAAUGAACCAAACUCAGUCGGAGCCCUCCAAGAACCGAAACCCGCAAGACACCUGCACAACCAUGGUCCGAGAUUCCAUCAACCAGUUCAUCGCCGCUUAUCGCCGUGGCGCAACCGAUUUCUCCGAUUUCAGUUCAAUCUCAACCCGAUUGCUCUAUAACUUCCACGAUCCCCCACUCGUAAACGUCUGGUUUUACUCGGCGAUCACAUUCCAAGCCGCAAAGUUUACGGUCCAGGAUCCUCUGGAAAGAGUCUUGGUGGCUAAGGACUUGUUCAAGCAGCUCGUUUCGUUCGGCGAUUGGUACUGUACUACCAGCGCGCUUAAAAGAAUCGCUCUGCUCGCUCCGGUUGUGUACGAAUUGCACAAUUUGGCGUAUGAAAAGCGACAUUUGGAGGGAGAGAUUGAAAGUGUACUGGAAAAGGUCGUUAGUUAUAGUAGCAUUUUCUGUGGAUGUGGUGGGAAGGGUGGUGAAGACGAUGGCGGUUUGAAUUCUUGUUUCUUGGACACCAUACGCGUGUGGAUGGUGGAUAGGCUUGGGGUUGGGGAUGAGUUGGAAGCAUUCUUUCCGAUUGCUAGCGAUGAGGUUCGAAAGGGAAUGGUGAAGAUGGGAUGUGGCAUGAGCUAUAUUGCUGGGGUUGUUAUGUGCGAAGCGCUUUUGUUGAGGCUGUGCUUGAAGUUUGGGCUCGGCAAUUCGAGAGUAGAGCUGGAGAAGGAUGUCCAUAACUUGGCUUUUCAGACGAUGAACGGGUUUCAGAGUUUUUACUUUUUCGAUAUUCUCUUUAGCAUGUUGUUGGAGCCAGCGUUGCCUGUCACCCACCUGCUGAAUUCUGGAGAUGAAUUUAUUUUGCGAAAAGUUCUACAUGAUGUUGUCAUGGCGGUGGACUAUUCAUUCCUCAAAUUUAAUACGGUUAUUCGAGCACUGCCUGGUGAUCUUUUAAAAGAUCUUGCUGUCAAAUGGUUACUUGUUGCUGAAAAUGCCAUAUGGUUUGCUAGGAAAUAUGAUGACCAGGCUAAAGUCAUUUCUUAUAUCAACAUUUUCUCUGAAUCUUUCCUAUCCUCUCAAUUGCUUGAGUGGAUCACCAAUCAGACUGGCAUGGAGGGGAAAAUUUUCAGUUCAGAUGUUUCAAAUCCUGUGCCUUUUAUCAAGUGGAUACUGGAUACCGAAGAUCAAGGGUUAAGAAUAUUUGAUUGUGAGAUUUCCAAGCUUCGAGCCAAAGAAAUCAUUAGCAGGUCAAGUACAGAGCAUGUGCAUCCAAUAGUUAAACCAGAUAGCGAGUAUCUGGAUGAUUGUGAUCUUGAAAUGGCUGAUACUAUGGAUGCCGCAGAUAUGGAUGCAGAUGAUAUGUUAAACACAAUGACUAUUGAUGGGUCAAGAAAACGCAAAGAUGGGGUAAUGUGUAAUGAAGAAAUAAUGCAGGCCAAGUUUGUCAAGUACUGGAUAUGAGAAGUCAAGGAUAGAGAAGUUUCUGCCUUUGUAAUGAUGGUUGUGGGAGUAUUUUGAGUGAGGUGGAAAAUCCAAUUUCUCUUGGAAAUAUUGAAGACAUGCCACAGUGGCGUGCAAUCUCAGUUGGAUCAACCAAUUUCGGACUCGCAAAUCACAUGUAUGCUACACACUUAUUUUUGCGUCUAGAAGAAAACAUUCUUCUUCUUGUGUCUGGCCUCUAAUUCUGUAUCUACAAAAGACAGUUGAGCCUAGUAGGGCUCGCGAACAUUUCCAUCAUCAUCAUGGAAGGAUGCUAACUUUAAACCACGUAGAGAUGUGCAUAAAAUUUUACAUUAGCACUGUACAAGUAGUUCCAUGUGCUUUGCUGAUAUGUACAAGUUUUGGUUAUAUUGUUCUACUACCAAGGUGCGAGUCAUUUCCUUUUGAUCGGAUGGCCAUUAUUGAGAAGUCGAUUUUGGGAUUGCAUAGUGGCUUCUCUGCUUGGCCCGUCUUAAUAAGUUCUUAUCAUAAUAUUGUACUCAAUAUAUUUUGUCUGUUUGGACAGAGAAAGUCCAUGCAUGCAUCCAAUAGAUUGUUUCUUCUAUUAGUUGGUAGACUGUGGAUAUUGCAGAAUUUAGGCUUUUUAAUUCAUUUUUAUGACCUAUAUUUAAAGUUGUGGUAUCAACAGUUUAGCUGCUA